GCAAGGAGACCAGCCGGGCGACUCCCCGUCGGCUUUCUCGCUGCGGCCCGAGGCGGUGCGGGAGGGACAGGGGCCACACUGAUCCUUCCCUUGUUGUGAUGUUUGGCCUUGGGCAGGGGAUGCAGUCUCUCAUGGCCUCUGGCUCACAGGUGAGGUAAGAGUCUGCAGCCAUAGGGAGCUCCCUAUUAGGGGAAAUCACAGGGGUGUUCUCCCUCCCUUGUAUAAUAGCCUGUCCCAAAGCUACCCUCAUUUCAGAGCAGUUUCCCCCAAAUCCCUUAACUCCUCCCUCUGGUGUGUCUCUUGGUCUGGGCCAAGAGCUGAGGGGUUUCAUUUUAGCCCUCUGGGGUUCCCCAGAAGACCAUGCUCCAUCCCCCUGGCCUUACCCCCUUUUGCCCAACCCCAAUCUUUUGUCAGGUUUCAUGGCUUUGGGCCAAGUUAUCCCCCCCCCCACACACACACACACUCUCUGAAAAGUUGGAAUUAUGCAGGCCUAGACUUUUAGUUCCUUGACUUUGCCCUUGCACUGGAAGGCAGCCGCUCCCCAAAGCUCUAGACAUAAUUUCAGCCUUCAGUUUUCCCCACUGCUGCGCUGGGUUAACAGUAUCUUCUCCACAGAAUGUAGGGUACUGGGUUGGUUGCAGUGUUUGGCCAUUCCCUUGGGCAGCUCCAUCUCCAAAAUGGCUUUCCCCCCUUUUCCCUCAGUUUAUAGGCUGGUGAGCUACAUCUUUGUGUAUGGAAAUGUCAUCUCCUUGGUAUGCGGUGCUGUGGUCAUUUGGUACUUCUCCAGCAACUUUGAGAAGACGGUGGGCACAGCGAAGCACUGCCUCCUCAUGCUCGCCUUCGCCAUUUCCUUGGCUCUGCUCUACCUCUUGCUACGGGCUGCCUUGGCCGGGCUGCUCGACGUGGCAGAUGCCGAAGGGUUCACACCUGUCGCUUUCGCCAUGCUGGGCACCUCGAUCGCCCGCUCACGGAUGCGGAGGACACUGCUUUUGGGGGUCAAUCUCCGCAUGGCGCUCGUGCCGUGGUUUCUGCUUGGCAUGGCCUGGUUCAUUCCAAGCUCCUCACUCUUGGGAAAUGUCUGUGGCCUCCUGGUUGGGAACAUUUAUGGUUAUGGCUACUGCUCUGGCGUGGAUCUCACUGAAUUGACAGUCUCUCGCCUGGAUCAAAAGCUCCCUUUCCGGUUAUGGAAGAGAAUUCCAGGCCUGAAGUACAUUCCUGCAUCUCUGGCUGAAAGGAGGGCUUCUCAGACCAGGAAGCUGAAUCCUGUGCCGGGUUCCUACCCCACCCAGAGCUAUCUCAGUUCCCCUCCGCUUGCCCCCCUGCUUGUUCCUGCACAGCCCCCCGGGGUGCACAGCUCAGCACCUCCGCUGGCGUGCACAGCAGCUCCUGCACUGCACCAUGGGCCUGGCGCCCCCGGAGAGUCCUGGCCCCAGAACCAUCUCCGGGCUCCCUCAGAGCCCUCCCCAGCUUCUCUGCCUCUCAGUGGGCCUGACGGGUGGACACCGAGGCAGGCCGAUGGAGCCGGCAUCCAUCAAGCACCUGGAUUUCGAGCUGCGGGGGCGGCCUCGGGAGCUGCCGAGUUUUGUCGGGUUCAUGUCGGCUGACUGCGGUGGGCCGCUACAAGUCCUGGUCAAUGCUGGGGGCUGGUGCGGGGGCCGUGGAGGUGUCCCCUCUGAGAUGGGAGCCCCCACCAGGCGGGCAAAGAUGUCUUAAAAUGGUUGGGCAGCUGGAUCUCCGCACACGGAGGGCGCUCUCUGUCUCCCGUGCCCUGUGACUCUACCCCUGCGCAUCAGAUUUGGGCAACCUGCAGUGCGCCCAGGGGGUGCCGCAAGCCCGUGGCGCCAUCCCCUUGCCAAAGCCAGGCCGGAGCGGUUGUGGGCCGCCUGAUGGGGGCCAUCCCCUGCUGGGCUGUGCUGGCUCGGAGGGAUUGGGCCCUUCACGUUUACCUGUGCCUCUUUCUCUGGGUGGUGUGCCCCAAGUCUUUGCAAUGGGGAGCGGGGGACAGAGCAGGCUCUUCUCAGAGUCACCUGCCCUCCCGUGCGGCGUGGAAGUCUCGCCAGUGCUGCAUCCUCCACCCAUCGGGGUGGAGCCCAAAACUCCAAUCUGUUUCCUACCUCUGGGUUCUCUUACCCUCUGUGGAGUUCCUCCUACAGUCGUAAUAAAAACAGUCUGCUUUGAGCUGCAGUUGGUACCUGUGCCAAGCCUGCGAGAGGGCCCUUGGGGUUUGCCCCGUCACCCUUUGGGGCGCCCGUUCUUGUUUGCUGCUGUGGCUGCAGCUCCUGGAGAGGUGGGUGCUUCUGCGUCCGGUGUCUCUGUUUUGACCCCUCCGCCUUGGAUGGCCCUGCUGGGAGAGCAGCCCAAGGAGCCUCUUCUGGCCCCCUGGCAGCUCUGCUGCCUGCUGCUCUGACACCCGCAAACCCUCUUCGCACAUAAGGGGUGCUUGUGUUAAAAGCUAGGUUAGUUCAAACCUGCCACACCGUGUUUCGCCGCUAGGGGCAGACCUCCCCUUAAAAACACACAACUUUGAAGACAUGGGAGUCUGGGGCUGAGUUCGCCAUUUCCCCCUCUGGAGAAUAGUCUGUUCUUGGGGGUGGCGUAAGCCAUGAGGACUAGUAGCCAAAUUCUCCGUGAAUUUGUCCUGUUCUCUGAAAGCCAUGCAGAUCGCUGGCCCUCAACCCUUUCCCCGGCAGGGGAUUCCGUCAUUUACGUAGCUCUGUGCUGAGCAAAGUUGUUUCUCUCUCAGCUCUCCAUCCCACCUGCUUUGUGGGGUGACCCCAGCAGGGUCUAGUUUUAGGGGAGGGGAGCAAGCGCACCUUAGCCACACCCGCCACACCAGGCACCGGUUUGUGUGCCUCCAUCAUGUCUCCCCUUGCUUGCCUCUUCUGAGCCGAGCGGCCCCGGUGUCCUCGCUGGGAGUUUCUCCCGCUCUUGGUGGCCAAAUCGAAAGCCCUCUUUGUAGCCCUGGGGAGCAGAUGCCAGUCAGAAUUGGCGACAGCAUGUUGGAUGAUUUUUGCUCCAACCAGCUUCAGCUUCAGUCAUGCUUGCAUCUUCCAAUAUGGUAUGGACCAUGUAAAUACAGCAAAGGUGUAAAUGGAAAUGUUUGGAAAGCAAAAGCUGCAGUAGUUGAGAAUUCAUGUUCCCGUUAAUAACAGGCACAUACCAGGGAAGGUACACAAAUGAGGCAUACUUUUGUGGUGUAAAGAUACAGUUCUGCGUCCUCGGGUGUGCUAGUGUUUGGUUUUUUUUGGAGGGGCUUCUGCAUACCCAGGGAAUACCCAGGUAUGCCAAAGUGUGCAGGUUCAUGUAGGAAAGGGAAUUGCAAUUUUAACAUGCUUGACAGGACUUAAAGGAGUGCCUCUCUCCACCAUCCUCAAAAUUGCCGCAGAUCAGACCAUAUAUGCAAUUUUUGUUUUCAUAACAUUGAAUUCUUUAGAGCCAGCUAUGGAACCGGUGACUCGGGGAGUUUGCGGGCUCUCCCGCGUUCAGGAUGCAGCUGGAUGGGCAUCUUGGUGGCAGGGUGUUUUGAACGCUUUAAUGUUUUAAAUUAAGUUACUUGUAAGGAGAUUCGCUUGGCACCUUCCUUGUACUCCUUUUGGCACCAGGUGAAGACCUACCCCUUUAAAAGAUACUUUAAUAUCUAAUAGAUGCCACUGUAACCUUGUAUUAGUUUAUUCAAAUCUAUUUAUAUUGGCUUUUAUACAUGUCAAUGUGUAGUUGUUAUUGUUUAUGGUGAAUUUUAAUUAUGUGAUUGUUAGUUGCUUAGAGAUGUCAUUGGCGAAAUAGUUGGCAUAUAAAUGUUUUAAAUUAAACUAAAUUAAAAUGGUG